UCGCCGAGCUAGUAGCCAUUUUAGGAUUUUAGAUUUUUAAAUAUUUUAAUUAGGUGGAAUAUUUUGUCUUUGUCCCGAUUCUGCUACUCUAGUAUCCUGAAUCAAAAUCUCUUUGUGAUGUAUUGAUUAAUUUCGUGGUUUUUAGAAUACAUUUAACUUUCAGUAGAACCUAUUGAUUUUCACUGCACUUUUCCUAGUUCUGCCUCUAGGAAGUAUUAAUUUCUUUAAUAACUCUGAUAUUGCGUUUGAUCAUGAAUAAGGCCUCUGCUGAAGAAAAAGAACUUAUAGUAAAAGAAUCAUUAUUUAAAUUUCUGAUGCAGCACAUACCCUGUGCUCAGAUAAGUACUAUUGAUGAAAUAGUACUCAGCUAUGUUGUGAGUAUUCUUGAAGAACUAGGAGAUGAGAGUUCUGGUGAUGUUGAAGAUGCAUUUGAUGCAGAAGGAUUUUGUGAAAUGAUGGCAGCUUAUGUUCCAGAAUUUAGUACUAUAAGUUUACCUAAAGUCUGUCAGUGGAUGUUUGAGCUAGAAGCGACCCUAAGGAACCUGUGUGGAAGCAAUGAAUCAUAUAUUGAAAGGGAUUUGUCAGAACUAUUGAUUCCUAUAAAUAUAUCAAGGAAUCAUAAUUCCUCUUCAGAAUGUAGUACCACUGAUAAAGGAACACAUCGUAAGCACCAGCUUUCUGAAGCAAGUGAUGGGAGUUGCAGCUCAGAUAGUAGUGGAGAAUAUUAUGCUCAUGAAGAUAUUACCGAUUAUGAACAAAUACAAGUGUUACAAGAAAUGUUUCCUGGACUCUGUGAAAUGGAAGUUCGCCAUUGUUUGACUAUUGCUGGAGGUGACAUAGCUACAGCUGCUCAGCUGGUUCUUCAUCGUCAGGAAACAGGACAAGCUUUAAAUCAGUCUUCAAUCAUACAGCAUGGAGCUCAGCAAAAAUCAGCAGUUGAUGACAGGGAACUUAAAUCACGAAUUAUUGCAAGAUACAGUUUUGUUGAUAAAGAUGAGGAUGCUAGGGAACAUAGACCUGUUGCCCCCAAAACAGAACCAAAGAAGCUGGUGCGCUAUCGAGAUAAUAAGAUAGUAAGUAUGAAAGGAGAGCGGUUCACUGAAAUAAAGAAGGAAGAUGAUGAGGAAUCAAGGAAGCCAUCUGGGGUAUGGUGUAAGACACCACGGUUUCACUGAUUAGUGCCAUAUUUACAUAGCAGCUGCUUGUCAAGUUCUUGACAGUACGCCAUUUAGCGAUGCCCCAUCUUUCCUUUACUGAUAGGUUUAUCAACUUCUAUUGUCCUCGGGUCAUGACAACACGAGAUGUUAGGCUUUAUUUUUUGUUUUAAGACUGCUGACCUUGACUGAUAUUUUACUUUUUUUUUGUGUUUGUG